UUGUAAAAACACACGCGGGAUUGACAGGAUUCUUUCUCUCUCUCGUAUAAGGACAUAUAUAGAGAUCACAUAAGAAGUCAAACACAUUGUUGGUUCACAAUUGUAUAAAGCGAGCAGAACGCAAUAAAGCAAGAUGAAGUCAGAGUUAAAACCACUAAAGCCCAACGUGAGCGAGGCGAGUUUCAUGACGGUCGAUACAACGAUAACUAUGGAGUCUGAGAGCUCUACUGAGUUCAGUACGGACUCCUAUACUACCUCCGAGAAGAUCAGAUACCACCUCAAGAAUAACAUGCUCCUCGUCUUGACCAUGUUGUCUAUUGUUAUUGGGUUUGCUGCAGGAUUUGGAAUCAGAUGGCUAAACCCAACCAAAGAUGCCAUAAUGUGGAUAGGUCUUCCAGGAGAAAUGUUUCUGAGAAUGCUUAAGAUGAUGAUUCUCCCGCUGAUUAUCAGCAGUGUGAUCGCAGGGACUGCCUCUAUGGACCCGAAGUCCAACGGUAGGAUCAGCGGCAUCGCUCUGGCGUAUGUUAAUGUCACGAACGUAAUCGCCUGCAUCAUUGGCAUCGGGCUCACAGUCAGCAUUAAACCAGGAAACAGUGCGGGUAUUGCAAGCGUACAGAGCACUGUAUCAGAAUCUCUUGCAACUGAAGAUAUAUUCGCAGACCUUAUCCGCAAUCUAUUUCCGGAUAACAUUAUAGAAGCAGCACUUAAACAGGCCCAAACCAAAUACAUUGAGGCUGACCAACCUGUAUUAAGUCCUAUAGAAGGGAACUGGUCUGAUGCAGCAAAUGCUACUGUAGAAGUCUUCACUAAGACAGUUGGCAAAGUGGACAGUACAAAUAUACUUGGCAUUGUAAUAUGCUGCAUGUUGUAUGGUAUAGCAACUAGUACAAUUGGAGAGGCAGGUUACCCAUUCCUAGCAUUCUUCAGGUCUGCAAGUGACAUCACACUCAAGAUAUUAAGGUGGCUCCUAUGGUACUCCCCAGUUGGUAUCUGCAGUCUUAUGGCAGCCACUAUAGCUGGGAUAGGCAAUUUGGAGGCAACAUUCCUCAGACUUGGCCUGUUUAUCCUGACAGUGACUGUUGGCAUAGUGAUACACCAGGCAGUGGUUAUACCUCUUAUACAUUUCAUAGCAACAAGGAAGAACCCUUACCCCUUCUAUGUGAACAUAUCAAGAGCAUGGUUUACAGGAUUUGCUGCUACAAGCACAGCAGUUACAAUACCAGAGAUGCUGCGUGCAUGCGAUGAGAAGAAAGUGGAUGAAAGAGUGUCGAAAUUUGUAAUUCCAUUCUGUGUUACUCUAAAUGCUGAUGGCAGUGCCCUGUAUAUUACAUCAGCUGCAAUAUUUAUUGGGCAGCUAUCUGGAGUGGACAUGAACGUUGGAAAAAUACUUAUCAUAGGGAUACUCACUGCUGUAGCAUGCCUGGCUCUACCGUCUGUGCCUAGCUCAAGUAUAGUUACCCUGGUAAUAAUUCUGACCACACUCAACAUUCCAACAGAAGAUAUUUCCCUCCUAUUUGCAGUAGAGUGGUAUCUGGACAGAAUCCGUACCACCAGUAAUAUAGUCAGCCAUACAUUCUGCGCUCGGUUUACGUAUCAUUUCUGUCGUGAAGAACUACAGAGAGUCGAUGCUGAGAAAGAGGCAGAAAGGGAAAUCCUCAGAGAGAGAAAGAAAAACUUACAACUUCAUAAAUCUGUAACCUUUGAAACAUUGGUCGAGGACCCAGAAUAUGAGAGUGAAAUUUAA